AUGAAUAUAUUUCUAAAAGUACAUACGAUUUUCUUAUUAGAAUUUAUCUUUGAACCUAUACUAAGUCAAGUGACGUAUACUUGUUCUUCCAAUGCUACAUGUGGAUGUUCCGGUAAUUCAGCUGUAUUAACAAAAAUUGUUGGUGGAGAAAAUGCUGCAAGUCAAACAUGGGGAUGGAUGGCAUCACUUCGUUAUUCAUCUACUAAUUCACAUUUUUGCGGUGGUUCAAUUAUAUCACCAUUACAUAUCCUAACUGCUGCUCAUUGUACAAUAGGAUUAUCAUCUCCUUCUGCAGUUAAUGUUUAUGUUGGAUCAAUAUACUUAUCUGACACUGUUCAAACACGUGGUGUUUCAUAUAUACAUAUACAUCCAAAUUAUUCUACAACUACUUAUGUUAAUGAUCUUUCUAUACUUAAAUUAUCUUCACCAUUAACUAUUGAUCAAACUAAUGUUGCUAUUGUUUGUUUACCGAAUGUAUCAUCGAUUAUACUUGCAAGUCAAGAAUAUCCAGCACCUAAUACUAGUCUAAUUGCCAUUGGUUGGGGUUAUUUGACAGAAGGAGGAGAUUCAGUAUCACAAACACUUCAACAAGUAACUAUUCAAGCCAUUGCUGCCAAUAGUAUUUAUUGUAAAAAUGUUCAACCCGCUGAUUCAUCUGUACAAAUGUGUGCUGGAACAAUGCCGAUUGGUGGAAAAGAUACAUGUCAAGGUGAUAGUGGAGGACCUUUAUUAAUGUUUACUUCUGAUAAUGUUUGGCAAGUAGUAGGAAUAACUUCCAAUGGUGUUGGAUGUGCAAGACCAAACUUACCUGGUAUUUAUACACGCGUUGCAGCUUUUCAAGUAUGGAUUAAUGAUACAAUGAAUGACGCAAAUCAUUUACAUAUUACGAUUCAUACAAUAUUAAUUUCGAUUAUUUUUAUUAUCUUUUUUGUAAACAUUAAAAAUUAA